GUGAGCAGUGUUGAACUGUUUUGUGCCUCGCCGCCCACCGUAUAAAAACUUAGACGGAGAAGGUCACAGAUAUGGCGGCUGUUAGGAUGGGAAAGCUGACAACUAUACCUGCAGGUCUGAUAUGUGCAUCUGUAAGUGUGCUUGCAGCCAAAGAAGAAGAAUCAAAAAAGCAGCUAGUAAAAGCAGAGCAGCUCCCCAUAUAUUCCACACCAUCUCUGCAGUCUAAAUAUGUUGAAGAGCAGCCUGGUCAUUUACAAAUGGGCUUUGAAUACAUCCGCACAACAACUGGUCAUUAUAUUGGCUGGUGCAAGGGUGUUUAUUUCUUUGUGAAAAAUGGAAUAAUGGAUACAGUACAAUUUGGAAAAGAUGCUUAUAUCUAUCUGAAGAAUCCACCUCAAGAUUUUCUUCCAAAAAUUGGAGUGAUUACAGUUUCAGGAUUAGGAGGCUUGUUUUCAGCAAGAAAAGGUUCUAGGUUUAAGAAAAUUGCUUAUUCACUGGGACUGGCCACUUUAGGAGCAACUGUUUGCUAUCCAGUUCAGUCAGUAAUAAUUGCAAAGGUAACUGGGAAAAAGGCAUAUACUGCAAGCCAGCAAAUUCAUGAAGCAGUUAAAUCACUGUGGAAAAAAGAUGACAAAAAAGAGUCACUUCCUAAACCUAAAGAAAAAACUAAGAUAGAAGAAAACUCUGCUGAAAUAGAAAUACCUGCAAAAACAAUGCAUAACCUGAAACAGUCAGUGCCUUUGCCAACAGAACUCAUCUUUGAAACAAAGACAGAAUCAGAAUCUACCUCAGGUGCCACACACUUUGUGCCUGACCCCGAGCUCUUGGAUCACGGGCAGUCCCAUCCAGAAGAUGUAGAUUUGUACAGCACUAGAAGCUGAAAUAGCCUGCAUAGAGAACUACAAGAUGUGUGAAGUUGAAAAUAAUUAUGGAAGAAUCAUGUAAAGGGUAACUGUAACACAUAGAAUAUAACCUAAACCAAGUUUUUCCCUUACAUCUUCUAAUGUAAUGUACUGUUUGACUAAUCACAUAAGUGAUUAAAACAUAAACUGGGAAUUUAAUUCAAAAAUAUUAAAUUAUUGACAAAGAGAAGUAGAAGUAUUGGGAUGCAUUUCAUGAUUUUUAAUGUGUGUAUAAAAAAUAGAUUAAAUAUAUAAAUACUGAUGAGACUAAAAUCUGAGAUCGGUAUGUGGGUAUAUAAAUAUUUAUACAGAUACACAUAUAUAUUGCUUUACCCUUUUCAAAAUAAUGUCAGCUAAAUUAGAAUGUUGUGUGGAAGGAUGUGUUCCCUGCUCUUUCAUUUCCCAGAGCUGGAAUAAAAUAUCCAUAUUUUAUGACA